UCUGGGGGCUUGCGUACUUGCGUGAUUGCGUCUGGUCGGCCCGGGUUCCAAAUCCGAAUCCCCACCCUCUUGUUAGGAGGGGAGGAAGCGAACGGCGGCGGAGAUGGUGGGCCCAGGAGGAGCGCUCGCCGCGGCCCCGCGCCACCACCAUCACCGCCUCCUCCUCCUCAUGCUCUGCUUCCUCGCAGGGGGCGCCCGCGCCUCCCCAGCCACAGAUGCGCUGCGCCACGCCUUCCCGCGCGCUGCCGCCGGCGGCCUCUGCCAGCAGCUGCUCCUGCCGCAGGGUUACCCAUGCACCGAGCACACUGUUCAAACAGAUGAUGGCUUCCUUUUGUCUGUUCAACAUAUUCCACAUGGCAAAAAUAGAGUAGCAGAUAAUGCUGGACCUCCAGUUUUUCUUCAGCAUGGUCUUUUUCAGGGUGGAGACACGUGGUUCAUAAACUCCAACGAACAGUCGCUUGGAUAUAUCCUUGCUGAUAACGGUUUUGAUGUUUGGAUUGGAAAUGUCCGUGGUACACGUUGGAGUAAAGGCCAUUCUACUCUCUCUGUACAUGACAAGCUUUUCUGGGAUUGGAGUUGGCAAGACCUUGCUGAAUAUGAUCUUCUGGCAAUGCUAAGCUAUGUAUAUACAGUGGCACAGUCUAAAAUUUUAUACGUGGGACAUUCACAGGGAACUAUUAUGGGUCUGGCUGCAUUUACAAAUCCUGAAAUAGUAAAGAUGAUUAGCUCUGCUGCACUUCUUUGCCCCAUUUCUUACCUUGAUCACGUCAGUGCUAGUUUUGUUCUUAGAGCAGUUGCCAUGCAUCUUGACCAGAUGCUUAUUACUAUGGGUAUCCAUCAGUUGAACUUCCGGAGCGAAAUGGGUGUACAAAUAUUAGAUUCUUUGUGCGAUGCUGAACGUUUGGACUGCGACAAUAUGUUAUCUUCAAUAACAGGUCAAAACUGUUGCUUCAAUUCAUCACGGAUUGACUAUUAUUUGGAGUAUGAACCCCAUCCAUCAUCAACAAAAAAUCUGCGUCAUCUUUUCCAGAUGAUUAGGAAAGGCACAUUUGCAAAAUACGACUAUGGAUGGGUUGGUAACCUAGCGCGCUAUGGCCAGCUGCACCCUCCCCCAAUCCAUCUAAGCAGCAUUCCAGAAUCACUGCCAUUAUGGAUGGGAUAUGGAGGUCUUGAUGCACUGGCCGAUGUCACAGAUGUUGAACACACCAUCAAACAAUUGAGGUCCACGCCAGAACUGUUGUACAUUGGUGACUAUGGUCACAUUGAUUUCAUCAUGAGCGUGAGUGCAAAAGACGAUGUUUAUGUCGACUUAAUGAGGUUUCUCAGGGACCAGCAAGGAGUGCACAGCAGCUAUUAGGACGCACGCCUUUACAUCUUUACACUAUGACAGUACGACCAUGUAAAUGUGUAUAUAUGCUAGCUUGUACCAACGGCAAGCCCAAACAAUCAAUUAAAUUGCUCGUGUAUACUUAUCAUCAAAAACAAUUUUGCUCGUGUAUGGUGUGGAUUGCUGCUGCGAUCCGGGUACAGUACAUGUACUGGUGUAUGUAAAAAAAAAGUGUAGCACAAGCAAUUUGGUUUAUUUUGCACCAAUUGUGUGCUUGCAUCCGGCAAGCAUAUCGAGCUGUAAAUAUGUAAUGCUGUUUUUCCUUUU